UCCCCUAUAUGGUAAUAUCAAAUAUAUUCCACCCAUAGUUAAGAUAUUUUUUAAUAAAAUAAUUUGUAUCAGAUUUGGCUGUGUGCAGGAAAAGUGACAUAAGCUUGUUACGAAGGGAAAGGGGGCAUCAUCACCACUUCAUUUAAAGUGAUAAUUAUAAAACAUUUUGAGUUCGAUAUUGACUGUGAUUCUUGAAGUGUCUCAAGUAAGUUCUCACGGGUGAGUUUUUGUUAAUAUGGAUCAUAGUUAUAAUAAUAAUAAUGGUGGUGGUGGUGCAGUUAUAAGUGCUAGUGGUGGUGGAAGUCAAUUUGCAACUAAUUCUGCAGGUUCAAAUGUGAUAUCGAAUAGAAUAGCGGUGAUUAAAUUAAAAAGAAUUGAAGAGUUGAAUAAUCGAUUAAAAGAAACUUUAAGACGAGAAAGAAUACCGGCUUCUAAUUCAUGUUUAUUAUUGAUUAAUCAUAUGCAAGAAACUCCUGAUUAUCUUAUACCUUAUAUGUAUAAAUUACCUAUAGAACAGAAUAAAUUUUUAAAAUAUCAAAAUUUAAAAAAAGUUUAAUGGUAAUGGUGGAAGUGGACGCGGUAAAUCAGGAGGUGGAGAUGCUGGGUGUUGUACUAUAAUGUAAGAAUUAAUGUUUAAUAAUAUUGCACAAAUACACAGACAAGGCGUAAAGUCAAUAAAAUUAUAUAGAUUUAUUUAUAUAUACACACAUAGUUAUGUUAUAA